AUGCAAAUCAUAAAAAUUGCCAUUCAGAAGGAUGUGUACAUUUGUUCCAGACCCUUGAAUCGAUUCGAAGAUUUGAGACAAGAAUACCAAUCUAUAAGUAUACAGCAUUAAAAUAAGGAGGACUUAAUAUUCUAGUAAUACAUUGUUUAAUAGGAAUAGCUUUGUUGAUGAAGAAGGAGAUAAAGUAGUGAUUACAAAUGAUUAUGAUUUGGAAGAUUUCAAGAAAUAACAUCCGAAGUUUUUGAAGAUCAGAGUUGAGUUUAGAGAUAGAAACAAUUUGAGUGAAAGAGUGUAUAAUAGAGAAAUAACCAAAGAUGCAAUGAAACAAAAGAUUAUGCAGCUCUUACAAUAAUAUUGACAGGUGUUGAUGUUCUUUAUGUUUU